UUGACGCUAUACGUUCCCAUCGACCGUAAGACUACAAAAAAAGAUAUAACCGUGGAAUUUAAACCUAGAAAUAUGAGCAUAGAAAUAAAUAAAAAUGAAAUAAAAACUGAGAUAAAGGGGAGCCUGUACAGUACAAUAAGCACUCUGGAGUCGUACUGGAUAAUAGAGGACGUCGAGUUGGAAAUACACCUGGUAAAGGCACUAGAAGGGGAGGUUUGGGAGUGCGUGAUGAUGGGAGACGACCCAGUGACGUUUGAUGGGAAGGAACUGGACAAGAAAAAAAUGCUACUUGAAAGGUUCCAGAAGGAGCACCCGAGGUUCGACUUCAGCGAAGCAGAAAUAAAUGGAACGACACCAGACCCACGUACAUAUUUAAGAAAAAAUUAA